GCCCGGGCUUACACCAGGUGGCAGGGGCCCAUGGGCGAGAGGUGGGCGUAUGAGCGCCUGCCUGGGGACGAGGAGGGACCCCGGGUCAUGGGGGCCAGCCAGCCCGGCGUUCAGGACCCAGGCGCGCCCUGUGGACUGCAGCUCCGGGGAGAUGCCAGCUGCUCGCCGGUUCCCGGGCCUGGAGCCCUCCUUCCCUCUCCUGGCCAGGCUGCGGCGUCGACUGUACACAAGGCUGGGGAGCAGCGGCAUGCAGCCCGAGGAGGGCACGGGCUGGCUGCUGGAGCUGCUGUCCGAGGUGCAGCUGCAGCAGUACUUCCUGAAGCUCCGGGACGACCUCAACGUCACGCGCCUGUCCCACUUUGAGUACGUCAAGAAUGAGGACUUGGAGAAGAUCGGCAUGGGCCGGCCAGGCCAGCGGAGACUGUGGGAGGCUGUGAAGAGGAGGAAGGCCAUGUGCAAACGCAAGUCCUGGAUGAACAAGGUGUUCAGUGGGAAGCGACUGGAGGCCGACUUCCCCCCCCAGCACUCUCACAGCUCCUUCCGGAAGACCUCACCCACCCCCGGGACCCCCACAGGGGAGGGGGCCCUGCAGAGCCUCACCUGCCUCAUUGGAGACAAGGACCUGCACCUCUUUGAGAAGCUGGGGGACGGCUCCUUCGGUGUGGUGCGCAGGGGCCAGUGGGAUGCCCCCUCGGGGAAGACGGUGGAUGUGGCUGUGAAGUGUCUGAAGCCGGACGUGCUGAGCCAGCCGGAGGCCAUGGACGACUUCAUCCGGGAGGUGAACGCCAUGCACUCGCUGGACCACCGCAACCUUAUCCGGCUGUACGGAGUGGUGCUCACGCCUCCCAUGAAGAUGGUGACGGAGCUGGCGCCUCUGGGGUCGCUGCUGGACCGGCUGCGCAAGCACCAGGGCCACUUCCUCCUGGGCACCCUGAGCCGCUACGCUGUGCAGGUCGCCGAGGGCAUGGGCUACCUGGAGUCCAAGCGCUUCAUCCACCGGGACCUGGCCGCCCGCAACCUGCUGCUGGCCACGCGAGACCUGGUGAAGAUCGGGGACUUCGGGCUGAUGCGAGCGCUUCCCCAGAACGACGACCACUACGUCAUGCAGGAGCACCGCAAGGUGCCCUUUGCCUGGUGCGCCCCCGAGAGCUUGAAGACCCGCACCUUCUCCCAUGCCAGCGACACCUGGAUGUUUGGGGUCACCCUGUGGGAGAUGUUCACCUAUGGCCAGGAGCCCUGGAUUGGCCUCAAUGGGAGUCAGAUCCUGCACAAGAUCGACAGGGAGGGUGAGCAACUGCCGCGGCCGGAGGACUGUCCCCAGGACAUCUACAACGUCAUGGCGCAGUGCUGGGCCCACAAGCCGGAGGACAGACCCAGCUUCGUGGCCCUGCGUGACUUCCUGCUGGAGGCCCAGCCCACAGACAUGCGCGCCCUUCAGGACUUCGAGGAGCCAGACAAGUUACACAUCCAGAUGAAUGACGUCAUCACUGUCAUCGAGGGGAGGGCUGAGAACUACUGGUGGCGAGGACAGAACACCCGGACGCUGUGCGUGGGGCCCUUCCCUCGGAACGUGGUGACCUCGGUGGCCGGUCUGUCGGCCCAGGACAUCAGCCAGCCCCUGCAGAACAGCUUCAUUCACACGGGCCAUGGUGACACUGACCCCCAGCACUGCUGGGGCUUCCCGGACAAGAUUGAUGAACUGUAUUUGGGGAACCCCAUGGACCCCCCUGACCUGCUGAGCGUGGAGCUGAGCACCCCCCGGGCUCCCCCACAUCUGGGGAGGGUGAAAAGUGAGUGGCCUCUGUGCUCUGGGACAGCUGGGCCAGGGGGUGGGCCGCGGUUUCCUGCUGGGCCGGGCGCGGGCUGGGCCGGCGCCUCCCCUGGCGCCUUCUAG